AUGCAUGCCCCUCCCUGCCCUUCACGCUGGCCUCUUGCCUGCCCCUCUCCCCUCCUGCCCCGCACGCCUGGCCUGCAGAUCAUCCCCGCAGAGAACUUGGUGGCCGCGUACCAGCGCAACAGCGGCGCCACGCUGCUGGCGGCCGCCCCCGACUGCGCAGCCAGCCGGGUGAUGCUGGAGGCACUGGAGGCGGGCACCGACGGCGUGCUGCUGCGCACAGACAGCCCGGCAGAGGUGCGGGCAUUGGCGCGGUAUCUGCAGGAGCGGCGGCAGCAGGGGGCGCAGCGGCUGCGGUACGAGGCGGCCACGGUGACGGCGGUACGGCCGGUGGGCAUGGGCGACCGAGCCUGCGUCGACCUGUGCUGCCUGCUGCAGCCAGGGGAGGGCAUGCUGGUGGGCAGCUUUGCGCGGGCCAUGUUCCUGGUGCACAGCGAGUGCGCCGAGAGCAAGUACAUCGCCUCCCGGCCCUUCAGGGUCAAUGCCGGGCCGGUCCACUCCUACCUGCAGCUGCCGGGCGGGCGCACCGGAUACCUGAGCGAGCUGUCCUCGGGUGCCGAGGUGCUGGUGGCAGACGCGCACGGGCGCACCCGCACCGCGCUGGUGGGGCGCGUCAAGAUCGAGCAGCGGCCGCUGGUGCUGGUGGAGGCUGAGCUGGCGGAUGGCGACCGCUGCUCCGUGCUGCUGCAGAAUGCAGAGACGGUGCGGCUGCGGGAGCCCAGCUGGCGGGCGGUGUCGGUGUCUGAGCUGGCGGCGGGCGAGCAGCUGCUGGUGCUGCGCCAGGCAGGCGCGCGGCACACAGGGGUGGCGAUAGAGGAGAGCAUUACGGAGCGGUGA